AGGGGCUAUGGCAACAUAGAUGUUACACAUCCCUACUAUACCUUCAGUAUGGUCUCCUGGGUCUGGGUGUCCUGGGAGGAGCUCUACUGGUGGGAGGAGUAGUGGCUGCUGGAGCUGUGGCCCUUCUUGGCAUGGGCAUUGCUAAACUUAAAAAAUGAGACCAUUUAGAUUUUCCAUGUUGUAUUCAUGUGUACAUCAACAUUGUGAG